GUAUAGUAGUAUCGUGAUAACUUUUUUUAAACCAUCAAAUAUUUAUUUUAUUUUACAUAUUCGAAUUAAACGGUUUUUCUUUUAUGGUAACACUUUUAUAUUGUUUUUUUUUUUCGUAUUUCGUGGCUGUUUAGUAUUUUACUUAAAAUUGAUGUUUAAAUUAGGCACUUUUAGCUCGGAGAUUUUGCAACAAUAGAUUUAUCCCACGCUUGGCGUCAUUUUUAAUUUGUUCCAGAUCUUACUUUAGGUUUUCGGAUAAAUUACGCAGUUUCUCUUAAUAAACAAGAAAGGUAUUCAAGGUUUUGUUAAAUAUAAUACAUUAUAUAUAUGUUAAGUUUAAUACAAUUAAGUACUGCAGGCAAUCAACUGAGGAAUAUAAGCGAAGAAUAUAAGCAUGAAGACGCCAAAGCUGACCGAUCUAACGGAGGAUUCCCGCGAGUCUUCGCUAGAAUCAUUUGAUGACAAUCAAUCUGUGAGCCAAAAAUACACAUGUUCAAUUACAUCUCCUUAUAAUGUUUAUUAUUUCAACGCAUUGCAGUUUAACGGCGACUUGGACUCGGGAGAAGUGUGUUCAGCCAGCGAUCAAAAUAAAAGGGUGCAAAUGUAUGAGCAGAGAAAGAUCUCAGAUUUGGAGGAAAGGCUAGCAAAUUCUGAGAAAGACAAGAUCAGGCUUUAUGAAGCUUUAAUAAGGGAGAAAGACGAUGUUAUAAAAUCACUUCGAUUCUCAAUUGACUUGAUCACUGAAACAAAGGAAUUCAGCAUUAAGCAAAUGAAAAGUCAAAUUUAUGAUUUGCAGAAUGCAAUUGACUUUAAAAACUCAUUAAAUUUAAACAUUGCUCAAGGAGUAACUACAUGUUCUGGCCCAAAAGAUGAGGGCAAUAAUUCUAUUAAUCAAAAAUCCAAUCAUAAUGAACUGCAAGCGUUGCAAAAUAAAAUGGAAUCACUCGAGAUAACUAAUAAAAAAGAUAAGGAACUUAUUGCCGAGUUGGAAUCAAAAAUUAAAGUCGAAAACGCUGAAAUUGAAUUGAAAAUAAAGGAAAAGGAUGCUAAAAUGGAGGAUUUAAAAAAAAAUGACGAUUGUUUGAGAGCUCGAAUAUCUGAGCUAGAAUAUAGGGUUAGCAUUAUCGAAGAACAAAUUUUGUGAGUUAACUAUAAAAAAACAGCAAAAUAAAGGUGGUUGAAUGAAUUGGAUUUGAACCCUAUAUGGCACUAUUCGAAGAUAUUCCAUCUGCUGGUUCGAAUUGGCUUGUGAUUCAGCGCCGCAUCGAUGGAGCGCUGAAAUUUAAUCAAGUUGGUGG